CUCAGUCAAGUCAUUCUUGUUCCAAGAUCUGUCUCACUAAGGUGUAUCCUAAAGGAGCCAAAGACAAGGCCAUCAAAGCCUAUGUGAUUCUGGACGAUCAGAGCAAUCGUUCACUAGUCAGUCCAGAGUUCUUUAAAUUGUUCAACAUUGAGAGUGAGCGGUUCCCAUACUACCUCAAAACUUGCUCAGGCAACAUGGAAACCCAAGGAAGGAAGGCAGAAGGCAUCCAGAUCGAGUCCCUGGAUGGUAAAGUCGUCAUCUGUCUCCCUCCGCUCUUAGAGUGCAAUGAAAUCAUGAAUAACCGCGCUGAGAUCCCGACACCAAGUGCGGUGCUACACCAGCCGCAUCUCCACCACAUCGCCAAACACAUCCCAGAACUGGAUCCGAAAGCGGAAAUACUCCUGCUAUUAGGAAGAGAUGUUAUCCAGGUACACAAGGUCAGGCAGCAGAUCAAUGGACCACUCGACGCCCCCUUCGCGCAACGUCUGGAUCUGGGCUGGGUGGUGAUAGGAGAGGUGUGUCUCGGUGACGUACACAAACCGAUGGUCGACACACUCAAGACCAAUGUGCUAGAGAGUGGCCGCCAUUCGAUUUUUCAACCCUGCACAAGUUCCAUGUAUAUCAAGGAAGCACAACAAGGCGUUAACAAGCGCGAGGCAAGCGACGAGUCGCUGGGCCAGUCAGUCUUCGCUCAAACGAAGUAUGACAAUAAACUUGCUCCAUCAGCUCAAGACGUCUUCUUCUUAAAAAUGAUGGACACCAAAGUCUUCAGGGAUGAAGCAAAUAAUUGGGUCGCCCCACUACCCUUCAGAGAACCACGCCAGCGGUUGCCAAAUAACAAAGAGCAAGCGGUCAAGCGGUUCACGUCCUUACAAAAAUCCCUGAACCGGAAACCCGAGAUGCAACAGCAAUAUAUAGCAUUUAUGGGAAAGAUCUUCGCUAACGGACAUGCCGAAGUAGCACCACCACUGCCGGAAGGCGGGGAGUGCUGGUACCUCCCAACAUUUGGAGUUUACCAUCCACAAAAACCCAAUCAGAUCAGGGUGGUCUUCGACUCCAGUGCCCAGUGUUCCGGCGUCUCCCUAAAUGACGCGCUUCUCACAGGCCCCGACCUUAACAAUACCCUACUCGGGGUCCUGCUGCGCUUCCGGAAGGAGAAGGUCGCAAUCUUAGCGGACAUCCAGCAGAUGUUCCAUUGCUUCUUAGUACAGGAGGACUAUCGUGAUUUCCUCCAUUUCUUAUGGUAUAAGGACAACGACAUCAACAAAGAAGUUAUCGAGUACCGGAUGAAAGUCCACGUUUUCGGCAAUAGUCCGUCACCUGCCGUGGCCAUCUAUGGGCUGCGAAGAGCCAUCAGAGAGGGUGCACAGGAGCACGGUGACGACACCGUUAAGUUUGUAGAAAGGCACUUCUACGUCGACGAUGGUUUGAUAUCACUACGGACAGAAGAGGAAGCAAUCGAUCUGCUCCGACGUACACAAGCCUCACUCGCGGAGUCAAACCUCCGCUUGCAUAAGUUUGCAUCAAACCGGCAGGCAGUAAUGGAGGCCUUUCCACACGAUGACUGUGCUCCAGCAAUCAAAGACCUAGAUUUAGAUGGAGAAACCAUACCUACACAAAGGAGCUUGGGUCUCCUCUGGGAGAUAACGACCGACUCGUUCACAUUCUCUGUGCCGACUGUGAUCAAACCAUUUACCCGCCGUGGAGUCCUCUCCACCGUCAACAGUAUUUUCGAUCCUUUGGGCCUACUGGCACCAGUUACGAUUCAAGGAAGAGCCCUUCUCAGAGAACUUACGUCUGAGCCCUCUGACUGGGAUACUCUUCUGCCUGAAGACAAGCUAAGCAAGUGGGAGGCUUGGAGAGAUUCACUCCCGGAUUUAAAACAGCUUCAUAUCCAACGCAGGUACACUGUGACCUCACCCACCGAGGCAGCGCUCACAGAAUUGUGUGUUUUUUCGGAUGCGUCCACCAAGGCCAUCGGCGCUGUGGCUUACUUGAAAGUAGUCGGAAAGGACGGCCAAGUCGAAGUGGGAUUUGUAACGGGUAAGGCGAAGCUCACUCCUCCGUCGGAGCCGACGAUUCCAAGGCUUGAACUGUGCGCAGCUGUCCUGGCCGUGGAAAUGGCAGAUCUUAUCCAGGACGAGCUGGACCUACGGUUCGACGAUAUCAAGUUCUACACGGACAGUAAAGUCGUGCUUGGUUAUAUUUACAACAAAUCAAAACGCUUCUACGUGUACGUUCAUAAUAGAGUUCAACGCAUCCGCCUGUCAUCAAAGCCCGAACAAUGGCAUUAUGUACGUACCGAGGAUAACCCUGCAGACCACGCAUCAAGAUCCUUACCUGCAUCCCGUCUGGCUCAGACAACCUGGCUUACCGGACCCCCCUUUCUGCAUCAGCCACUAUCGGAAAGGACUCAAAUGAACGAGAUAUUUGAACUGAUCGAACCCGAGAGAGACUCGGAAAUUCGGCCGCAAAUACAAACAGGAGCCACCAACCUCACGGAAUCGAUACGUACCAACGAACGCUUUCGGCGGUUCUCCACUUUGAAUUCUUUAGUGAGAGGACUUGCAUUCCUCAUUCAUAUGGCCAGAUCACACAAACAUUCAUCCCGAAACAGUAAAUGUAGGGGAUGGCACAAAUGUACUUUGCCUCGCACCGCGGACGAAUUAGCCCAGGCAAAGGACGUCAUCUUCAAAGUAACGCAAAGAGCGGCUUUCGCAAGGGAGUUUUCAGCUCUCCAAGUCAACAAACCAAUACCAAAGGACAGCCCUUUGAGGAAAUUCAGCCCGAUCCUGAAGAACAAUAUCAUCUGUAUUGGAGGCCGGUUAAUACACUGCCAGCUUCCGGCCGCAGAAAAGAGUCCAGUACUCCUGCCCAAAGGCAGCCAUGUAUCCUUACUGCUCGCCCGCCAUUAUCAUGAACAGGUAAAGCACCAGGGCCGCCACCUUACCGAAGGAGCAAUAAGAGCAGCGGGACUGUGGAUCUUGGGAGGUAAAUCACUGAUCAAUUCGGUACUUCAUAAAUGUGUAACCUGCAGGAAACUACGAGGCAGAUUAGAAGUUCAACGCAUGGCGGACCUCCCACCUGAGCGCCUUGAAGCCUGCCCUCCCUUUACAAAUGUGGGGCUCGACGUAUUCGGCCCCUGGUCUAUCACUACGAGACGCACCAGAGGAGGACAAGCAGAGAGCAAGCGGUGGGCCAUCAUGUUUAGCUGCAUGAGUUCAAGAGCGGUACACAUUGAGGUCAUCGAAUCUUUGGAUACCUCCAGCUGCAUCAACGCUCUCAGGCGGUUCUUUGCAAUAAGAGGCCCUGCAAAACAGUUAAGAUCUGAUUGUGGAACGAACUUUGUAGGAGCAUCAAAGGAGCUGGGGAUGGACAGAGCAGUGCAAAGGUACCUCAGUCAACAGGGAUGCAACUGGGAGUUCAACACACCACACGCCUCCCACAUGGGAGGCGCAUGGGAGCGGAUGAUUGGGAUCGCCAGAAGAAUUCUGGAUUCAAUGUUUCUGCAGCAACGCACCCGAUUGACCCACGAGGUACUGUGCACCCUAAUGGCAGAGGUCACAGCCAUUAUGAACUCACGACCACUCCUGCCUGUGUCCUCUGACCCAGAAAACCCCUUCAUCCUUUCGCCAUCAAUGCUCCUUACACAGAAGGCAGGAGCACCUCCUCCACCAGGAGACUUUUCAGACAAGGAUUUGUACACAAAGCAAUGGAGACAAGUCCAGGCUCUGGCAAAUCCGUUCUGGUCCCGCUGGAGACAGAAAUAUCUACCCUCGUUGCAACAGAGACGAAAGUGGACAGAACCCCGCAGGAAUCUUCAAGUUGGAGACUUAGUCCUGCUCAGGGACAAGCAGAUCACCCGCAACAGCUGGCCAAUGGCCAGAAUCACUGCUACAUUCCCUAGCGAGGAUGGACAUGUCAGGAAGAUCGAAUUGAAGACUACCGACCAAGGCGAUGUGAAAAUUUACCAAAGGCCAGUUACAGAAGUUAUUCUACUUCUACCCAAUGACUGAUUAAGAGACUAAGUUUGUACUCUGCUCAUUGUGACCUUACGAAGGUCAAGCGGGGAGUGUGCUGUCUUUACGACAGUUAUUUAGUUUAUAAUAUUUUUGCUUAGUAAUUCAUUCGAUAGUAUUUUCUAGUUAGAAUUAGAAGUGUUUAAAGUAUAUUCAUUGCAUGUAAAAUAUAUCGGCAUGUGAUGACGCCACAUCCGGUUUCGCCGCGUCUUGUGGGAAAAUACCGGUUUGAAAUUAGCGCGAGGGUGGGGGCUUACCACGAGGCUCACCUGAGCAGAAGUUGUUUUGCAGGCAUGAGAAAUCACAGUGAGAGCAACGCUUUUUCACCAUAUGUUAAUGUGAAGAGUGAACAGUAAAUGGUUAAUCUUACUGCGAUCUGGUUCUUAUUAACUGUGGUUU